AAAUUUUUGACUUCCUCUGUUUCUCUCUUCCACACCAGGUUCAUACAUCACCGCAUCAUCAGUCACAUCACCCUAAGCUGAUUGCAUGAUGGCUGGUCCCCCGAACCAGAGGAUCCAGUUCACCUCGACGGAGAGGCCGGUUCGCUCGCCUGGUCCUCGUGUCAGUAUCCCUCACAAACCCUCCAUCCCCCAGGUCAUCACCGGAGAAGAGAAAGCCCGCCGAGAGCGGCAGCAGGAGAAAGAGAGAAAGGUCAAUGUUGUUGAACAUCUCAUGUCACCCCAAGAUGUCGCCACCCAGUACAGAACAAUCAUCAAUCUCGACAAGCCGUCCGAAAGCUUUGGCCUGACCAGCCAACAGGCUGUUGCUCUUCUUCAAGAGCACGGCCAAAAUGUCUUGACCCCUCCUAAGAAGCGUCAUCCGUUUCUCAAAUAUCUCGACUACUUGACCAGUCUCUUCAAUCUUCUGUUGAUCCUGGCCGGCGUGUUGGAGUACAUCUUGCUCGCCAUCGACUUCAAAGCCAACUUCCCCAAUACUUAUUUGGGGGCGAUCCUCAUCAUAGUUGCCAACAUCAAUGCUUUCAUCGAGUUCUACCAACAAAGCAAGUCUCAGGCUCUACUCGAUUCGUUCCUAAACAUGAUCCCGGCCAAGUGCAUGUGUCUGCGCGACGGAAAGCUCUCCCAGCUCGAUGCAUCUGCAUUGGUCCCGGGCGAUGUGGUUUUCGUUCGGAUGGGCGACAAGACGCCAGCCGAUAUUCUGGUCUUCUCGGCCUCGGAUUGCAAAGUCGACAACUCAUCCCUUACAGGUGAGUCCGAGCCGCAGGAUCGGACGACGGACAAUGACAUGAAAAAUCCGUUGGAAGCACACAACUUGAUGUUCAACAGCACUCUUUGCGUCUCGGGCGAAGCAUUCGGCAUCGUCAUUCGGACUGGAGACAACACUGUGCUGGGGCAAAUUGCUAGCCUCACGGCCGGCGAAGCAAAGGUCACCUCCCCUCUGACCGUUGAGAUUGGAAAUUUCGUCAAGAUCAUCGCCACAAUUGCCAUCUUUACCGCUCUGACGUUCUUCGGAGUCUCCUUCCCGGUGAACAACAACAAUGUCUCUCUGGCUUUGAACUUUGCCAUUGGGGUGUUCGUUGCAUGGGUACCCGAGGGUCUGCCAGCCACCGUCACCAUCCUCUUGACCAUUGCUGCCAAGCGCAUGGCCAGUCAGAAUGUUCUCGUCAAGGAUCUCCAAGGAGUCGAAACGCUCGGAGCCAUUACCUUGUUGGCCACCGACAAGACUGGCACGCUUACCCGAAACCAAAUGACGGUCGCCAAUAUUUGGACUUGCGGCGCAAUGUACGAAGCGGCGCGGGGUGCUCUGGUCGACCGUCGAAUUGCCACCCCUGAUUCGCCUGGAAUUCUGGAGAUUCUUCACAUAUCAUCCCUGUGCACCCGAGCAAAGUUUGACAGAACAGAUGUGCCGAUCUAUCAGAGGGAAAUUCUAGGUGACGCCACAGAGUCCGGACUGAUACGAUACGCCAGUGACCAACUUCUGGGGUUUGACAACUUGGCCGAGAAGUACCCAAAAGUCUUCGAAAUCCCCUUCAGUUCAGAGACAAAGUGGCACAUGAGCAUCCACAAGAAGGCUCACAGCAAUGGUGCAUUGACUCUGUACAUCAAGGGAGCGCCUGAGCGGGUUUGGCGUCUUUGCAAUCGCCUUCUUGUCCGAGGGGAUGGCAGCAAUGCUCUUCUGACUGACGACCACAAGGGGGCCUACGAUGAUAUCUACGAAGACAUGGCUUCUCGUGGCCACCGAGUCUUGGGAUUUGCAAUGCUCGAGCUUCCUGGCGACCAAUAUCCCGAGGACUUUACUUUUGACAAGAAAGCCAAGAGCUACCCUCUUGGGGACUUUGUGUUUGUCGGUUUGGCGUCUCUCCAAGAUCCCCCCAAGCACGGAGUCCGCGAAGCGAUUGGCAGUUGCCGGGCUGCCGGCGUCAAGGUCAUCAUGGUUACCGGAGACCAUCCCCUCACUGCGGAAGCAAUUGCGCGGAAGAUCAACCUCAUGCUCGGCGAGACCCGGGAGAGGGUUGCUAAGCGAACCGAGCGACUGAUCGAACAAGUCCAAGAACACGAGUACAAUGCUAUUGUUAUCCACGGCGAGCAGAUCGACGGACUCUCAGACCAACAGUGGAACGACAUCUUCUGGAAGGACGAAAUCAUUUUCGCACGCACCAGCCCCAAGCACAAACUGGAGAUUGUUCGCCGGGCUCAAGAGAUGGGCCACAUCGUUGGUGUCACUGGCGACGGUGUGAAUGAUUCACCCGCUCUGAAGAAGGCUGACCUGGGCAUUGCGAUGAACAAGUCCGGUUCCGAUGUUUCAAAGGAAGCAGCUUCCAUGAUUCUUCUUGAUGACAACUUUGCCAGCACUGUACGUGGUAUUCAGGAGGGCCGACUGAUCUUUAUCAAUUUGAAGAAGUCCAUCAAGUACACCAUCAGCCAUUCCAUGCCGGAGGUCAUUCCCAACUUGCUCUACGUCAUUGUUCCGAUUCCGCUUCCCCUUACCGCGAUUCUGAUCCUUGUCAUUGACCUGGGGUUUGAGCUUAUUGCGGCGCUAUCAUUCGCUUGGGAUCCCCCCGAGACCAGCGAGGGUUUGAUGAAGCUACCACCUCGGAAACCUGUCACCCCAGAGUCCGCCGAGAGAUUUCGCCGCCGCCAGAUUCGUCGCACCGGGGGUCGAUGGGACCAGGAGGCCAAUGUGGUCAUACUGCCUCCCGAAAACCGCAGCAAGUUCAAGACUCUACUUCACAAUACCGGUCACAUCUUCACCAAACAGUACUGGGCCGACAAGUUUGAGGGUGGCGACGCCGAAGUCUUGGUCGACGGGCCUCUCUUGUCCUGGGCUUAUCUCGAGAUCGGAAUCAUCGAGGCCGUUGGCGCCAUGUUUUCGUUCUUCUUCGUUCUUCACAUGCGCGGUAUCUCUAUGCGUGAUGCAUAUCUCAUGCAAAAGGGCGCUGGAGCUCCGACAAACUACUGGACCAAGGACGCGGCGCCGUACAAGGGAAUCGAUGGCCAGACCCAGUACGACAUCCUGGCCGAAGCACAGUCGAUGUACUACUGGGCUAUCAUGACGAUGCAGAUGUUCAACCUUUUUGCAUGCAAGACUCGUUAUACUCUGCCCUUUGGUCGAUACAUGUUCGCCAACCGGGUCACCUUUUACUGCAUUCUUGCCGGCGCUGCGCUCGCCGCCUUUAUCAUCUACACGCCCGGUGUUGAAAUUGUCUUUGGCACCACCCGCAACUUGCUGCCCCUGUACUGGCUCAUCCCUAUGGCAUUUGGCUGUUUGUUGAUCGCCUACGCUGCUGUGCGUAUGCUGAUUACGCGCCACACCAAUCCCACCAAGUGGAAUCCGGAGAUUGCUGGAUUGCAGAUGCACCCAACCAUGUGGUCACAGAGAUCUGGUAGCAGACGUGGGAGCAGGGGUGGCGAGUGAUGGGAGAACAGAUUUCGAUGUGGCAUGAUUGAAAGGACGAGAAAGAAAAGAUGUGGAAAUGUACAACGGCCUCCAAGUGUUAGGUGCAUGUAUAACUUGUCAGAUAUUGUAUAAGCGUUGCAAGAUCAGGUUGUUGGGCAGCGAUGAAGUCUCCCGAAGCGAUCAAUAGGACUUCCUGCUCUUUGGAACUGGGACUGUUUAGCAU